UAGAGAAGGGGAAGUGCACGAACGAGAAGAUGAUGAAGUUUCUAUCAUGUCAGUUUCAGAAGAUAUGGAUAAUGAGACCUUGAUCCCGUUGAAGGAUCGGGUCCCAAAGUCGGCACGCUCAGAAGCCUCUGGAACUUCUGGCAGUAGAACUCCAGCUUUUCGAUUAAGUACUGUUUUGCAGAAUAACCUCGACGAUGCUCUCCGUCAGGUUCUUUCAAGAGCGGAUAAUUUGGGCCAGACAGCUGCUUUGACAGGUCAAAAAAAGAUCGUCCAUGAUUUUGCCUGUCUUCUGGAGGGCCAUAUGCAGAAAAUUCCAGAGCAAUCGUGGCACAGUUUCCAAAUUGAAUGUCUGCAACUCGUUCACAAUUUCAAACAGCCAACCAGGCCAACUCAACCAUGUCAACAGCAACCCUCGUCAUGGCAGUCAAACCAGUGGCCAAUCAAUAGUCAUUGGUCCAAUUUCAAUCAAUGGUCUCCAGCAAGUCCAUCCUACAACAAUGUUGGGAUGCCAGCCGCGCCUUCAGCUGUGCCUGUACCGAUACCAACGUCUUCUCAGCAGUCCACUGCUUCGACCUCACCCUCCCGACGUAGUAAUGAGAUGGUUUCCUUGGUUCUGGAAGAGCUUGGAGAAGAAAAAUAAUGUGUUCAACAGCAGCCGGUGAUUAAGAAAAGGCAAUACUGGUUGCAAAACUAACGUCUUCCAUAUCGGGACACUCUUUCAGUACUUACCUUAAUUCUUACAUGGUAAAAAAAAAAUAAAAGUAAAAAAGAAAUUGUUAUUUGUUGUUGCCUUUGCAAGGAAUUUUAUUAAAAACCCACUCGGCAAGAAAACCAUUUAUUUAUACAUUUGGAACAGAGGUAUAAUAUUUUCUGAAACGUAAACCAGAACUACACACUGAAGAGCAAGGGUAAAAUGUGAGAGUUUGAUCAAAGUCGGAAAAUAUAUUCCAGAUUUUUGAAUGUUCUGAGUUCCAGGGAGAGCUUCGAUGGAUAUUCUCGAUUUAGACAUUUUGACAUAUACUCAUGCAUGAUGCUUUUAUCAAGAAACAAAAUGAAAGGUUUACUGAGUGGAAGAUUAAAGUUAAUGCAUCUUUUUGGUUCCUACGUUUUUACAUUUGUUCUAGUAGUUGAUUAGUUCAUGUUACUCACUUGUUACAACUUUAAAGUGUUCAAAAUAUCAUUGAGAAAUCUUGGUAAUUAUAACAUGUCUAUAAGGUAGUUCAAAUUGGAGAUUCAGUUGUCAGUCACCAUGAAACUAAACGUUAUCCUGCAGACUUAUUUUCUUUUCUUCAUCACACGUUAUU